AUUUGAAGCAUACUGACAAUAAAACUUGACCGCCUAACAGUUUAUAAAAUUAAUACAAAAUAAUGCUCAGUUAACGAGGUAGGGAAUAUAACAUAUAGCCAGUCAACAAUCUGCCGCGAUUGUGCGUGUACGUAUUUUUUAUAAGCAUCAUACAUUGUAAAAUAUGGCAUCUGUCAACAUAAGAUUCACCAAGCUUUUUGUCAACAAUGAAUUCGUGGAUUCCUUUAGUGGAAAAACAUUCCCCACUCACAACCCCGCCACUGAACAAAAAAUUGCCGAUGUAUCUGAAGCAGAUAAGGCUGAUGUGGAUUUGGCAGUUAAGGCUGCAAAAGCUGCAUUCGCCAGAGGAUCAGAAUGGAGAAACAUGGAUGCAUCUGCCAGGGCAAAACUUAUUAACAAACUUGCAGAUCUAAUUGAUAGGGAUGCUAAAAGUCUGGCAGCUUUAGAAUCACUAGAUAAUGGUAAACCUUUGGAAGAUGCCGUCCUAGAAAUGUUAGGCUCAGCUGACGUUCUUCGAUAUUAUGCUGGAUUUUGCGAUAAAAUACAUGGAAACACAAUUCCUUCUGAUGGAAAUCAAUUUGCUAUUACAAGAAAGGAACCAAUCGGCGUGGUUGGUCAAAUAAUUCCAUGGAACUAUCCAGUUCCAAUGGCCAUCUGGAAAUGGGGACCCGCCCUGGCAGCUGGUUGCACUAUAGUUCUAAAACCUGCAGAACAAACACCAUUAACAGCUUUGGAAUUGGCUGCGUUGUCUAAAGAAGCUGGUUUUCCCAAAGGAGUCAUAAAUGUUCUAAAUGGUUUUGGACCCACUUGUGGGGCUGCACUUGCUAUGCAUAAUGAUGUUAGAAAAAUUUGUUUUACUGGUUCAACUGAGAUUGGGCAUAAAAUAUUGGAAUAUUCUGCAAAAUCCAACUUAAAAAGCGUAAACCUCGAACUCGGAGGAAAAAGUCCUUUGGUUAUUUUCGAUGACGCAGAUCUUGAUGAGGCCGUUAAAAUUGCACACAACGCGAUUUUCUCCAACCACGGCCAAAAUUGUUGCGCUGGUUCAAGGACUUUUGUUCAAGCCGGCAUUUAUGAUGAAUUUGUUAAAAGGGCUGCCGAAAUGGCAAGAGAUAGAAAAGUUGGCGAUCCUUUCAAAUCUGGAACUCAACAAGGACCACAAGUGGAUAAACCAUCACUGGACAAAAUUUUAAGAUUAGUGGAAUCAGGAAUCAAAGAAGGGGCCAAAUUGGAAGCAGGUGGAAAAAAAAUUGGAAAUGUUGGAUAUUUUGUAGAACCAACUGUAUUUUCCAAUGUUAAAGAUGAUAUGUCAAUUGCCCAAGAAGAAAUUUUUGGACCCGUUCAAUCCAUACUCAAAUUUAACACUUUGGAAGAAGUCAUCGAAAGAGCUAAUAAUACACAAUACGGACUUGCAUCGGGUGUUAUAACCAAUAACAUUAAUAAUGCCAUGGUAUUUGCACAAGCUGUAGAAGCUGGAUCUGUAUGGGUUAACUGUUAUGAUGCUAUAACACCACAGACUCCAUUUGGAGGCUUCAAAAUGUCAGGACUUGGACGGGAUUUGGGAAAAGAUUCUUUAUCUGGUUACUUGGAAACAAAGACAAUUUCUAUUAAAUUACCAUGCAAAAAUUAAACCAAAAAUUUACCUAUGUGCAUUUAUUUUACUUGUUAAAUGUUAGGUUAGGUUAGGUAAUAUCGAUUUAAAAAAUAUAAUACCAAAUAUAUUGUAUAAACAUUU